AUGGCUCAGGUAGCUCUAGAUGGUAAAUUGGCUUGUCAAAUCCUUCUGGCAUUCCAAGUUCUUCCUUCCGACAUUCCAAGUUCUUCCUUCCGACAUUCCAAGUCCUUCCCGACAACUGGAAAAAAAUUUCCCGACAACUGGAAAAAAAAUUCCCGACGACAAGAAAAAAUUUUCCAGUUGUCCGUCCGUAAACCAUUCAAAUUUUCGAAAAUUGAGAACUUUUUGGUCGAACUUCAGGAAAAGUUUUUCCUUCCAACAGAAAAAAAUUUUCCUUCCAACAGGAAAAGUUCUUCCUUCCAACAGGAAAAGUUCUUCCUUCCGACAGGACACAAACGAAUGUCCGACGUUCCUCUUCCUGAAUGUCUUCCAAAGCCAGAAGAACCGACAGCCCCAGCACCACAACAGACUUACUAA